GAUGCCGGGAGGGGAAUCCUGAGAGAGCCGGGCUGGGGAGCUGAGAGCUCUGGGGAAGCGACCCUAGAAACUCUCUCCUCUCCACCACACCCCAGAAACCGCUGUAACGUUCCCCCUCCUCCCCCCACCUGAUGGCCCGGCGGAGCCAAACGGAGGGUGGGUUGGGCUUUGCACAGUUCCCAUCAGUAGGUAGGUCUCACACCCACCGUCCACCUCCCUCAGGCCUCUCCGAAGCCAUGAGUUCAAGAACCCUGUUCCUGGGCCCGCUGCUGCUGCUGCUGCUGCUGGCCCCCCAGAGCCUUGGGGAUCCCGGGCUGCCCCCAGCCGGGGCCGCCACCCUGGCUUUCGUCUUCGACGUGACCGGCUCCAUGUGGGACGACCUGAUGCAGGUCGUCGAGGGCGCCACCAAGAUCCUCGAGCGCAGCCUCAGCCGGCAGAACCGGGCCAUCGGCAAUUACGUGCUGGUGCCUUUCCACGACCCAGACAUUGGACCUGUGACGCUCACGGCCGAUCCUCAGGUGUUCCAGCGAGAGCUGAGAGAACUCUAUGUCCAGGGUGGAGGAGACUGUCCAGAGAUGAGCGUGGGCGCCAUCAAGGUGGCGGUGGAAAUCUCCAACCCCGGCUCCUUCAUCUAUGUGUUCUCUGACGCCCGGGCGAAGGACCACCAUCAGAAGCAGGAGGUGUUGCGCCUGCUUCAGCGCAAACAGUCUCAGGUGGUGUUCGUCCUCACGGGUGACUGUGGCGAUCGCUCUCACCCGGGGUAUCUGGCCUAUGAGGAGAUAGCUGCGACCAGCUCCGGACAGGUGUUCCACCUGGAUAAACAGCAGGUGAACGAGGUUCUGAAGUGGGUAGAGGAAGCGGUUCAGGCCUCCAAAGUCCACCUGCUCUCUACUGACCAUGAACACGAAGGAGAGCACACCUGGAGGAUCCCCUUUGACCCCAGCCUGAAGGAGGUCACCAUCUCCCUGAGUGGGCCUGGCCCUGAAAUCGAAGUGAGAGACCCAUUAGGAAGGAUCAUUCAGAAGGAUGAGGGGUUGAAGGUGCUUCUCAGCAUACCCGACUCAGCCAAGGUGGUGGCAGUCAAGCCCCAGGAUCCAGGCCUGUGGUCCAUCAAGGUUUACAGCAGCGGCCGCCACUCGGUGAGGAUCACCGGAGUCAGUAACAUCGAUUUCCGAGCCGGCUUCUCCACCCAGCCCUCGCUGGACCUGAACCAGAUCAUCGAGUGGCCCCUACAAGGGGUGCCCAUCUCAUUGGUGAUCAACUCCACCGGGCUGUUGCCCCCGGGUCACCUGGACUCUGUGGAGCUGUCCCACAGCUCUGGUCGGCCCCUCCUAUCCCUGCCGACGCAGCUCCUCUCCAACGGCUCCUCCAGCCAGCUGUGGGGGGGUCCCCCGUUCCAGGCGCCCAGAGAGCGUUUCUACCUGAAAGUGAAGGGCGAAGACCGGGAUGGAAAUCCCCUGCAUCGGGUCUCUGGCGUGGCCUACACGGGUGUGGUCCCAGGGUCUCCACAGGUGAGCAUGCCCGGCGUGAUCCACGGAUACCUACAGCAGCCGCUGGUCAUCUCCUGCUCCGUCCAAAGUCCACUGCCCUUUCGGUUGCAGCUGAGACGGGGUGGGGUGAGGCUGGGAGAAGAGCGCCAUUUCUAUGAGUCCGGCAACAGCAGCUGGGAGAUCCCCCGGGCAUCCAAGGGAGAGGAAGGAGCAUACGAGUGCCUGGCCAUCAGCAGAGCUGGGAUGGGGCGAGCGUGGACUGACCUGGUGGUCACAGAUCCCCCUCCUCGAAUCGUACCCCCACAGCACGUCACCGUGUCCCCGGGAGAGACCGCCAUCUUGUCUUGCCUUGUGGUGGGGGCCGUGCCCUACAACCUGAGCUGGGUCCGGGAGCGGAGAGUGCUGUCGAACACCGAGGGGCGGGUGAAGGUGCUGGGGAAUCUGUCCCUGGAGAUCGGCAGCAGCAGCCGGAGAGACGGUGGGAGAUACCAGUGUGUGGCAAGCAACGCCAAUGGGCUGACCAAGGCAUCUACCUGGCUGUUUGUUCGAGAAGCCCCGCAGGUCAGCAUCAGCACUGGCCCCCAGGACUUCUCUGUGGGUGGCGAGGUGAGGAUCAGCUGCACAGCCUCCGGCAUCCCUGCUCCACGCCUCUCCUGGAGACGCCAGGGCCAGGCUCUUGGUCAGGACAGCAGGUUCCUUGUUGAUGCCCAGGGCACCCUUAUCAUCCAGAGAGUCUCCUCAGAGGAUGCUGGAAAUUACAGCUGCCAUGCUGCCAACGAGGUUGGAACGGAUGAGCAGACGGUCACGCUCUACCACACAGAGCUUCCGACCAUCUCUGCUGUGAGGCCAGUGGUGCAGGUGCAAGUCGGGGAGGAGGCAGUUCUGGAAUGCGUGGCUUCUGGUAUUCCCCCACCUUGGGUCAUCUGGUAUAGAGCGGGGCUCGAAAUGAUCCUUGCUCCAGAGGGCGCCCAAGCUGGGACCCUACGGAUCCAGGAGGCUCAGCAGCGGGAUGCAGGAGAGUACACCUGCAAAGCAGUCAAUGAGGUGGGCGCCUCUUCCGCUGGCAUCAGCCUACAAGUUGGGGAUGCUCCCCGCCUGGUGGAGACGCCCCCGGACACGGCGGCAGACGAGGGGCAGACCGUGAUCCUGCCUUGUCGGGCCGAGGGGACCCCUCCCCCACAGAUCACCUGGACCCGGUGGGAUGGUAGACCGGUGACAGCCUUGUCCGGGCUGGCCAGAAAGGCCAAGCAGUUGGAGACGGGAGCACUCUUCUUGGAGAAUGUCACUUCCGAAGAUCAGGCCGUCUACAUCUGCGGAGCCCAGAACGACUUCGGGAAGGUCCAGGCCGAGGCCAAGCUUACCGUCACCGGACAUGUCCCUCCGCAGAUCGCCAACAGUGCCUCGGUGGUGCGGGUCCUGGAGGGGCAGCCUGUGUCUCUGCCCUGCGUCAUCCUGGCCGGGAAGCCCUUCCCAGAGCGCCGCUGGGUGAAGGACGACAACCCGCUACAGCAGGGAGGGCGCCUCUCGGUCAGAGCCGACGGCAGCUUCCACGUCGACCGGACCCUGCAGGAGGACACGGGCAAGUACAGCUGCAUCGUCGCCAACGCGGCCGGCUCUCGGAGGCAGAACGUCAAGCUGGUGGUGCAGGUGCCACCCAGAAUCCAGCCUACUGCUACUUACCAUGUUACCAAUGAGGGGGUUCCCGUUUCUCUGCCGUGUGUUUCCACGGGAGUUCCUAAGCCCGCUGUAUCUUGGUCCAAGGAAACGAACGCCCUCUCCUCUCGGAGUCCCCGGCACAACGUGAGCAGGGACGGCAGCCUUCUGAUCUCCCAGCCGGCUGCCCAAGACGCAGGGGCCUACGUGUGCACAGCCACCAACGCGGUGGGAUUUUCCACCCAGGAGAUCCGGCUUUCGGUCAACACCAAACCCAAGAUUAUAGGGGAUGGAUCUCAUGACCUGGAUGGACCAAUUAAUGUCACUGCUGUGGCUGGACAAGAGACGACCCUUUCCUGUGAAGCCCAGGGCUCCCCCCCACCACUGGUUACCUGGAAAAAAGAAUCCCAGCCCCUACCUCCGGUAACGGACAGGCAUAGACUUCUCCCGUCGGGGUCCCUGCACCUGGCGGAGUCCCAAGUGACCGACAGUGGCCUGUACACCUGCACGGCCACCAACUCUGCCGGGACCACGUCCCGCCGCUACGUCCUGGGAGUGCAAGUUCCCCCUCAGCUCCAGCCCGGUCCGAAGGCGUUGAAGGUGCUGGCGGGUCAGAGCCUGGUCUUGCCUUGUGUGGCUGAGGGAGAGCCGGUGCCCCAGUUCAGCUGGACCAAGAAUGGAGCCGCCCUCCAAGUGAGGGGACAGGACGUCCUGGACGGCCCCGACGGCUCCGUCCACUUGGAAGCCGUGCGGGUCUCCGACGCCGGACACUACCGUUGCGUGGCUUCCAAUGGUGCGGGGGAAGAUGCUCUGGAGCUCAACCUGGAUGUGCUGGAGGCUCCCCACUGGGACGACGGCGGUGUGGAUUUCCUGCUGGAGCGUGUGGUCCACGAGAGCGCCACCCUGCCCUGCCCCGCCAGAGGAACACCAACACCUACCGUGGUCUGGCGGAAGGACUCGGCAGCUGAACUUCUGGGAAGCCGGCCAGGCCGAACCAUGCUAGAAGAGGAUGCCCUGGUCAUCGCCGCCGUCUCGCCUGAGGACAGCGGCGACUACGAGUGCCUGGCCACCAACGAGGCUGGCUCGGCCAGGAGGAGAGUCAAGCUGGUGGUACAUGAGCCUCCCACAGUCAGAGAAGAGGAGCGCAGGGUCAACGUCUCUGUAAUGGCCAAUCAAGCCCUGACUCUAGAUUGUGACAUCUCUGGAGUCCCUGUGCCCACCAUCACCUGGUACAAGGAUGGACAACCGGUUAGUUACCCUGAGCUUGGGGGCAACGGCCUCCAAAUCCUCAACGGUGCCCGAUCCAUCCGUUUCCACAAGGUGGGAAGGGAGGAGUCUGGACUCUACACUUGUAGAGCCGUGAACCGUGCUGGGGAGGCACAGAGGGACUUCCAUCUCCUUGCGCUGAUUCCCCCCUCUGUGCGCGGGUCGAAGGGGGCUUCCGAGGAGGUGACCGGGUUGGCUGGUUCCGAGGUGGUUCUGGAAUGUCGGACUGAAGGCGUCCCCCUGCCCCAGGUGGAGUGGACCAAGGAUGGACAGCCUCUCCCACUUGGGGGUCCACGGGCCCAGCUCCUGGAGGAUGGGCAAGUACUAAGGAUUCCAAACAGUCACUUACGGGACGAGGGCCAGUACCAGUGCCUGGCCUUCAGCCAGGCUGGCCAGCAAACCAAGGAUUUCCAGCUCAAGAUUUAUACACCUCCCACCAUCUGGGGCUCCAAUGAGACCGCUGAGGUAGCCGUCAUGCAGAACCACGACGUCCGGCUCCAGUGUGAGGCCCGGGGCUCCCCCGCACCCAGCGUUACAUGGUACAAAGACGAGGCCCUGCUCUUCCCGAGCGCCAAGGUCGUCUACGCCAAGGGAGGACGGCAGCUGCAGCUAAGCCGGGCUCAGGGCUUGGACGCCGGCCUCUAUGUCUGCAAGGCCACCAAUGUGGCUGGGGUGGCUGAGAAGGCAGCGAGGCUCGAGGUUUACGUCCCACCCACCAUCGAGGGCAGUGACCGGGACCCCUGGGUCAGGAAGGCUGUUGCCGGCCAGCCCUUAGCCCUGGCAUGUACUGCCAGAGGGCACCCAGAACCUACGCUCACCUGGCAUCGGGACGGCCUCCCUCUGGUAGAGAGCAAUGGGACCUGGAUUCGGGACGAAGGGCAGACUCUGAGACUAGAAAAUGUGUUAGAGACGGCAGGAGGACUUUACAGCUGCCUGGCCAAGAGUCCAGCUGGGGAGACGGUGCUCCGCUACUCCGUGGAGGUGCAGGUGCCCCCCCAGCUCCUGGUGGGAGACGACGGAGAAGGUGCAGGGCAGGUGACGGCGAUUGCCGGGGACUCCUUGGCACUGCCCUGCCAUGCCACGGGUUCCCCAGUGCCCACCGUCCAGUGGCUGCGGAACGGAAGGCCCGUGGCGGAGCAGGCCGGGCUGAAGGUGUCCCCGGACGGGACCACGCUCCACAUCGGCCAGGUGCAGCUUGACCACGCAGGGCCCUAUGCCUGCCAGGCUAGCAAUGAAGCCGGCACGGCCGGGGCCGAGGUGGAACUCGUGGUGCAUGAGCGCCCAUCCGUGACUAUCGUUGAAGGAGACAACAUCACUGCUCCUUUCCUGCAGCCCGUGACCAUCCAGUGCGUGGCCACGGGCACCCCACCCCCGAGCUUCAGGUGGUGGAAGGAUGGGGCGGCUCUGCCAGCCAACGAGGGCAUCCUGCAGAUUGAGAAGGUGGACCUGACAGAUGAAGGCGUCUACACCUGUGCUGCCAUCAACUUGGCUGGGGAGGAUAAAAGGGAAGUGACUCUGAAGGUGCUGGUGCCACCCAACAUUGAGCCUGGCCAAGUGAAGAAAGCUGUCCUGGAGAACACCACUGCAGCCCUGGAGUGCCUGGCUUCCGGGGUCCCACCUCCCAAAGUAUCCUGGUUCAAGGGGCGCCGCCAGCUGGCCCCCUCCAGGCCCGGAGUGACCGUGUCCGGGGGCGGGCGCGUCCUGCGCAUCGAGCGGACCCAACUCUCUGACGCGGGCAGCUACCGCUGUGUGGCAUCUAACGUGGCUGGCACCAGCGAGCUGCAGUUCAGCCUGCGGGUCAAUGUGCCUCCCCGCAUCACGCUGGCUCCCAGCCUCCCGGGCCCCGUGGUGGUGAGCGAGCCAGUGAGGCUGGUGUGUAACGCUUCCGGGAUCCCCACCCCUACUUUGCUGUGGCUGAAAGAUGGCAACCCUGUGUCCAGCAGUGGGACCUCAGGCCUCCAGAUCUUCCCCGGUGGCCGGGUCCUCACUCUGGCCAGCGCCCGGGUAUCGGAUUCGGGGACGUACUCCUGUGUGGCCGUGAGCGCCGUGGGAGAGGAUAGGCGGGACCUUGCCCUUCAGGUGCACUUGCCCCCAAGUAUUCUGGGAGAAGAGCGGAAUGUGUCGGUGGUGGUCAACCAGUCGGUGACUCUGGAAUGCCAGAGUCAUGCCGUCCCCCCUCCGGUGUUGAGCUGGCUGAAGGAUGGACGUCCCUUUGUACCCAGACCUGGCGUCCAUCUGUUGGCAGACGGGGCCCUUCUCCAGGUGAAGCAAGCUAAGAUACAGGAUGUGGGAAGGUACACCUGCGAGGCGUUGAACAAGGCCGGUCGCUCAGAGAAGCACUACAACCUCAACGUCUUGGUUCCUCCGUAUUUCUCCUCUCGGGAGCCCCGCGUCCUAUCUGUGACCGAAGGACAUCCUGCCAGCCUGACCUGUGAAUGCAGGGGGAUCCCCUUUCCCAGAAUCACCUGGAAAAAGGACGGUGCUCCCCUGCCUUCCGACGGCGAGAACAGAGAGUCCUUGUCUGCUGUGGGGAGGUUGCUGUACCUGGGGAAGGUACAGAUCUCCCAAGAGGGGAACUACUCUUGUGAGUGUAGUAACGUGGCCGGCAGCAGCAGGAGAGAACAGAGGCUGGAGGUGCACGUUCCUCCCAAGAUCACCAACGGUGGGGAGCCCCUCACCAGAGUCUACGCGACACGGGCCGGCACUGUCUCCCUGGAAUGCGAAGCCACGGGGAGGCCCCCGCCGAUGGUGAAGUGGGAGAAGGAUGGCCAGCCCGUGCGGAGCGGACGGGGACUGCGCCUGGAGGACGGGGGGCGGACUCUAUUGGUGGAGCAGGCGCAGAGGUCCCACGCUGGGCGCUACGUCUGUGUGGCUGAGAAUGCAGUUGGACAGGAUGAGAGGAGGUUUGACCUCCUGGUGCAGGUUCCCCCAGAGCUCACUGGGGACACAGAACCUCUGAAGAAUGUCACAGCUGCCCUGCACAGUACCCUGACACUGUACUGUGAGGCAACUGGAGUCCCUCCCCCAACUGUGCGCUGGUUCCAUGGAGAGCUGCCCAUCAUCCCCGAGGAGAAUACAUACUUCUUGUCAGGAGGAUGGAUUCUGAAGCUGAUGCGGGUGCAGGAGAAAGACAAGGGCCUCUAUUCGUGCCUGGCCAGCAAUGAGAUCGGAGAUGUGAGCAAGAACUUCAGCGUGGACGUUCUGGUGCCUCCCAGCAUCGUCAACGAGGAUGCGGAGGAAGUGCUCAGAGUCCCUGAGGGCCAAGCUACCAACUUCUCCUGCAAUGCCACGGGUAAUCCCAAACCAGUGAUCACGUGGUUCAAAGAUGGCCGCCUUCUUCCCGAGGGAUACCCCUACUCUGUGUCCCCAGAUGGAUCCUUUCUGCAGAUAAAUCAAGCCAACCUCUCCAGCUCGGGCCACUACUCCUGCAUUGCCUCGAACUCCAUUGCCGAGAGGACCAAGCACUACCAGCUCAGCGUCCUGGUGGCUCCCAUCAUUUCGGGGGUGACCGAGGAGAGUGCUGAUGAGGAAGUAACAGUGACGGUCAAUAAUCCCAUCUCUUUGAUCUGCGAGGCCCUGGCCUUCCCUUCUCCUACAAUCACCUGGAUGAAGGACGGGCUUCCUUUCGAGGCUUCUCGCAAUGUCCAGCUGCUCCCAGGUACACGGGGGGUCCAAAUCCUGAAUGCCCAGGAGGACGACGCUGGCAGAUACACCUGCGUGGUGACCAACGAGGUUGGAGAGGCCGUGAAGAACUAUCACGUAGAAGUCCUCAUCCCCCCUUCGAUUUCCAAAGACGACCCCUCGGAUGAGUUUAACGUGAAGGAGGUGAGAACCAAGGUCAACAGCACCCUGACCCUGGAAUGCGAGUCCUGGGCUGUGCCCCCACCCACCAUCAGCUGGUACAAAGAUGGGCAGCUGGUGGUCGCAGGGGACCAUCUGCGCAUCCAGGCCGACGGGAGGCUUCUCCAGAUCCAACCUACUCGAGUCUCGGACUCCGGGCGCUACCUGUGUGUGGCGACUAACGUGGCCGGAGAAGAUGAUAAGGACUUCAACGUCCUCAUCCAGGUGCCCCCCAUGUUCCAGAGGUUGGGAGACACUGCCGCUUUUGAGAUCCGCUACCAAGAGGAGGAGCUACAAGGAGGGGUGACAGAGUACCGGGAGAUCGUGGAGAACAGCCCCACAUACCUGUACUGUGACACCAGUGCUGUCCCACCCCCAAAUCUCACCUGGUACAGAGACGGGCAGCCCCUCUCCACCGCCGAGGGGGUCUCGAUACUUCAAGGGGGCCGCGUAUUGCAGAUCCCCAUGGUCAGAGCAGAAGACGCUGGGAGAUACACUUGUAAGGCAACCAAUGAAGUGGGAGAGGAUUGGCUUCACUAUGAGCUGUUGGUGCUGACUGCCCCCGUGAUCCAGGGAGACACCGAGGAGCUGGUAGAAGAGGUGACCGUGAACGCCAACAGCACUGUCAGCCUCCAGUGCCAGGCUUUAGGAAACCCAGCCCCUACCAUCCUGUGGCUCCGGAAUGGACUGCCCUUCCCUCCAAGCCCUCAGCAUCAGACCUUGGAGGAUGGGCGAGUGCUGCAGGUUUCUGCCACUGAGGUGGCAGAUGCUGCCAGCUACAUGUGCCUGGCGGAGAACCAGGCAGGGUCAGCGGAGAAGAUGUUCACCCUCAAGGUGCAAGUUCCACCAAGGAUCGUGGGUCCGAAUCCGGAACAGAUUGUGGCCAUCGUGAACAGCAGCGUCUCUCUGACCUGCAGUGUCCAGUCCCACCCUGCCCCUGAGGUCACGUGGUACAAGGAGGGCCAGGCACUGACGUUCAGUGAAGAAAUCUUCCUCCUGCCUGGCACUCACACCCUGCAGCUGCCCCACGUCCAGCUCUCUGACACCGGAUCCUACACAUGUGAAGUUCUCAAUGCUGCCGGUAGAGACCAGAAGUUGACCCAACUCAAUGUCUACGCCCCACCCACCAUCAAGCACCCCCCGGGAGACCAGCGAGACACCGUGGCGGUGCGGGCUGGGGAGACCGCUGUCUUGAAGUGUGAGUCGGAUACACUCCCGGAGCCGGUGAUCACCUGGUAUAAGAACGGGCACCCGAUGACCGUUGGACAAGGGGCACGGUUCCUGCUGGGUGGACAGAGACUUGAGUUGGAAAACAUCCAGGUGGUGGAUAAGGGCUUGUACAGCUGCAAAGUCAGCAAUGUGGCCGGGGAGGCUGUUCGGACUUUUGUGCUCACCGUCCAAGUGCCCCCUGCCUUCGAGAACCCCCAGACGGAGACGGUGAGCCAGGCCGCCGGUGGCCCCCUGGUCCUGUCCUGUGAUGUGUCAGGUGUCCCCGCUCCCACCGUCACCUGGCUGAGGGACAGGCUACCCAUCGAGAGCAGCGUGGAGCAGGGAGUGGUCUCCAGAGGGGGACGUCUACAGAUCAGUCGCCUGCAACCCUCCCAAGGGGGCACCUACACUUGCCUGGCAGAAAACCCCGAAGCCGUAGUGCACAAGGAUUUCGUGGUACUGGUGCUGGUGCCCCCCAGAAUCCUGAGCUCGGGCGUCCCGCAGGACCACAGCGUCCUAGAAGACCAGGAAGUGAGGCUGGACUGCGAGGUGGAAGGGCAGCCUAGGCCAAAUAUUUCAUGGCUGAAGGACGGAAGUCCCCUGGGACAGCUCCCAGCCCCCGACCUCCGGUUCUAUCUAGAUGACGACUCUCUGGUCCUGAAGGACUUGAGGGCUUCUGACUCGGGAGCAUACACCUGCCUAGCUCACAGCAGCGCUGGCGAAGACACCAAACUCCACACGCUGAAUGUCCUAGUUCCCCCAGUGAUCGAGAGAGGAGCGAAUGACUCUGGGACGUUGCUCAGCAUCCCGGGGGGGUUUGUCACCUUGGCCUGCCCAGUCCGAGGCUCCUCGCCAAUCCAGGUCAGCUGGCUGAAGGACGGACUGCCCCUGCCCCUGUCCCAGCGCACCCGGCUGCACUCUUCCGGACGCACCCUCAGGAUUUCCCAGGUGCAGGUGGCAGAUGCCGGCACCUUCACGUGCGUGGCCUCCAGCCAGGCGGGAGUGGCCGAGAGGAGCUUCGUCCUGCGGGUGCAGGUCCCUCCCGUCCUGGAGACUCCAGAGGGCAACGAGGAUGUGGCAGUCACCCGCGGCUCCUCUGUCACGUUCCCUUGUGAGGCCCGAGGGUCCCCCCCUCCCGUCGUGUCUUGGCUGAAGGACGGAGACCCCUUGGUCCUCCAGAGCAACCAGGUGACAAGCGGCCCGGGAACAAGCCUGCGCCUGGAGGAGGUCAAGGCCACGGACUCUGGGACGUACGACUGCCGAGCGGAAAACGAGGCCGGAGAGGCGAGCAAACGCUUCCGGCUCUCUGUGAUGGAGCCCCCGCACAUCGAGGACUCAGACCAGUCUCCCGAGGUGUCCCUAGUGCCCGGUGCUCCCUUGGAAUUGUUCUGCGAUGCCAUGGGCAUCCCGACCCCUAACGUCACCUGGCAGAAGGAUGGGCAGGCCCCGCCCAGGCCGGAGAAUGUACUGAGGAACGGGCGAGUCCUCCGGAUCGAGGGCGUCCAGGUGGAGGAUGCUGGCUUAUACACCUGCCUGGCUGUAAGCCCAGCUGGAGAAGAUGGCAAGAGCUUCUGGGUCCGAAUCCAAGCGCCUCCGAACAUUGUUGGCUCUCGAGAGAUUCGGUCCGUCAUCGGCCUGGCCCAGGGACAGCUGGUUCUGGAAUGCCCCGUGGAGGCUGAGCCGCCUCCCAGGAUCGAGUGGCACAGAGAGGGCGUGCUGCUGCAGGCAGAUGCCCACACGCAGCUCCUGGAGAAGGGACGUUUCCUUCAGCUCCAAGCCUUGGGGUCAUCAGACAGCGGCCGGUACAGCUGCACGGCCAGCAAUGAAGCGGGCAGCACAAGCCUGCCCUUCCAGGUGGAGAUCCACACCGCCCCCACGAUCAAGCCGGGGCCUUUGGUGGUGAAUGCAUCCGUGAACCAGACAGCUCUGCUGCCUUGUGAGUCCGAGGGCUUCCCCCUGCCCCUCGUGACGUGGAGAAAAGAUGGGAUCCUGCUGGCUCCUGGGACCCCCAGGCUGGAGUUUCUGACUGACGGCUCCCUGAGGGUCCAUCCCGUCCAAGCCCAGGACGCAGGGUCUUAUCUCUGCUUGGCAUCGAGUUCUGCUGGUUCAGAUCGGCAGGGACGGGACCUCCGCAUCUUGGACCCUCCCACCAUCGCCCCCGGCCCCACCAACCUGACACUGACAGCCCACAGCCAGGCCACUCUGUCCUGCGAAGCCACCGGUUCUCCCAAGCCCCAAGUGGUCUGGAAGAAGGACGGACAGACGCUGAAUCUUGAUCUCUCACAAGGUCCCUACAGGUUACUGCCUUCCAGCUCCUUGCUGCUCACCGAUCCUGAUCUCCAGGACACAGCCCAGUUUGAGUGUGUGGUAACCAAUGAGGCCGGGGAAGCCCGCCGCACAUUCAGGGUAUCAGUGCAUGCUCUACCCACCAUCGCUGAUGACCGGACAGAUUUUACAGUCACCAAGAUGGCCCCGGUGGUCCUGACAUGCCACACCACGGGGGUGCCUGCCCCAGCCGUGUCCUGGAGUAAAGGGGGAGUCCAGCUGGGGAAGCGGGGCAGCGGCUACAGCGUCUCCCCCACAGGGGCCCUGGAGAUCAGCCAGGCUCUGCCCAUCCACAGUGGCCGUUACACCUGCACCGCCAGAAAUACUGCUGGGGUGGCGUACAAACAUGUCUUGCUCACGGUUCAAGCCUCCCCGGUGGUGAAGCCGUUGCCCAGCGUGGUGCAGGCGGUGGCCGAGGCUAGGGUGGUCUUACCCUGCGAGGCCUCCGGGAUUCCCCGGCCGACUAUCACGUGGCAGAAGGAAGGGCUCAGCAUCCCAUCAGGAGCUGGUAUCCAGAUUCUGCCCGGAGGGCAGCUGCAGAUCUCCCAUGCCACUAUGGAGGAUGCUGGGAAUUACCUGUGCAUCGCUCAGAAUCCCUCGGGCACUGCCUUGGGGAAAACCCGGCUGGUGGUGCAAGUGCCACCCCUAAUUGAGGGUGGGCCCUCAGACGUGUCAGUGGCAGAGGGUGCCCAGGCCCUCUUGCCCUGCACAGCCAAGGGAGUCCCCGAGCCCCGUAUCACGUGGGUGAAGGACGGGGUCCCCGUGCCCGAGACAGAGGGAAAACACAACAUCCUGCCGUCCGGGGAACUGGUGGUCAAGUCCUCCGAGCCACGGGAUGCCGGCACCUACAGUUGCUCCGCAGAGAAUGCUGCAGGGAAGGUGAGCCACCGGGUCCACCUCUCGGUGCUCUCCCUCCCCACCUUCACCACGCUGCCUGAGGACCUGACCCUGAGCCUCGGAGAUAGGCUCUGGCUCCGAUGUGCCGCCCGAGGCAGUCCCAGCCCCCGCCUCACCUGGACCUUCAACAGCAGGCCUGUCUCUGAGGGUGUAUCGGAGCAGGACGGGGGCAGCACCCUGCGGAAAGCAGCUGUCACCAAGGACGAUGGAGGCACCUACGUUUGCUCAGCAGAGAACAGCAUGGGCCAGGUUGGAGCCGUCAGCUUUGUCUACGUGAAAGAGGCUCCAGUCCUCCAAGGGGAGGCCAACUCCAACCAAGCGGAGCCCCUAGGGCACAGCGCCCUGCUGGACUGCGUAGCCCACGGCGACCCAGCCCCCGUUAUCCGCUGGAUCAAGGACGGGCUUCCCGUGUGGGGCAGCGCCAACCGGCGUCAGCUGCGGAAUGGUUCUCUGGCCAUUUCCAGGACGGUGAGUGACGAUGCAGGACGGUACCAGUGUGUGGCGGAGAACGAGGUGGGCGUGGUGGAAAGAGUGAUUACCCUCACGCUGCAGAGCGCCCCCAUGUUUACGGUGAAGCCUCAAGAUGUGGUAGUGAAGGCCGGGGAAGACGUGGUGCUGCCCUGCCAGGCCGCCGGAGAGCCGGCCCCCACCGUGGAAUGGGCGCGGAAAGGGAGACCCCUCCGGGAGGGCGGACGCCUGCAGGUCCGGCCCGACGCCACGCUGCAGAUCCGAGCAGUGGAAGUGGACGACGCUGGAGAGUAUGAGUGUGUCGCUCACAACCUCCUGGGUUCCUCCAUUGUCCGGGUGUUCCUGGCUGUGAAAGGAGAGCCGAGGGGGGCCCGGGGCAGCCUGAUCGGCAUCAUCAACGGGCAGGAGUUCGGCAUCGCGGUACUCAACACCAGCGUCCUGCAGGAGGCCCAGUCCAGGGCCACCACCAUCAGGAGCAGCAUUAAGAACAUCCCCCCAGCCUUGGGGCUCCUGUUGAGGGUGUUGGUGGUGACGGUCGCUCCCAUCUACUGGUCCUUGGCGGGACAGAGUGGGGAAGCCGUGAAUGGCUUCUCCCUGACCAGAGGCAACUUCAGGCAAGAGUCCCAAGUGGAGUUUGCUACAGGAGAGCUUCUCCGCCUGACCCAGGUAGCCCGGGGCCUGGAUGCGGAUGGGGUAUUGCUACUGGAUGUGGUCAUCAAUGGCUUUGUCCCCAAGUCAUUUGUCGGUGCAGCUCUGAGAAUCCAGGAUUUCCAGGAACGCUAUGUGCAGACGGGGCCCGGCCAGCUGUAUGCCGACUCCACCCAGAGGUUCCUGCAGGACGGGAUCCCCAGUCUCUUCCGUUGCAACCGUACCAUCCAGUAUGACCCCACCCUGGGCUUGCAACCCGAACUGGUCCAGCAUCUCAAGGCCAGGUCGGUGAGCUCGGCCUUUGACCGGUCUUCCGAAAUGCUCCGCUUCCAGCUCACCACGGCCCUCCAAGCAGAGGAAAAUGAAGCUGGCUGCCCUGAAGGCUUUGUCCUGGACCCCCAACUGGCAUUUUGUGCAGAUAAAGACGAGUGUGCGGCUGAGCAGAGUCCCUGUUCCCAUACCUGCCACAACUCCGUGGGCCGUUUCUCCUGCUCGUGCCCCAGUGGCUUCGCCCUGGCCUGGGACAGCAGGAACUGCAGAGAUGUAGAUGAGUGUGCCUGGGGAACUCAAGUCUGCCAUGACGGACAGCGCUGCGUGAACCUUUUAGGGUCGUAUCACUGUCUGCCUCACUGCGAGGCUGGCUUCCGGGCGGCAACUGACGGGACAGGCUGUGAAGAUAUCGACGAGUGUCUGGAGAACUCAGACCGAUGCCACUACAACCAGAUCUGCGAGAACACUGUGGGAAGCCACCGCUGCACCUGCCCCUCGGGAUACAGGAGCCAGGGCUUCAGCCGCCCCUGCUUAGAUAUCAAUGAGUGUCUGCAGAUGCCCAGGAUCUGUACUUACCAGUGCCACAACCUCCAGGGCAGUUACCGUUGCCUGUGCCCUCCAGGCAAGAUCUUACUCCGAGAUGGCAAGUCAUGCUCUGGGUUGGUGAAGGUGGGCGGCAACGUGACCACCGUCAGCCUGCGGGGGCCCCUUUCACGCUGGCUGCGGCCCCAUAGCCGGGCUCCGGGAGGCUCUUACCGUGGCUGGCUCGCCCUCCAACCGGUGGAGAAUGCCCUGAGCUCCAUCAGCAGGGCCUGGUGCCCACCAGGCUUUACCAGGAAGAAUGGCGCUUGUACAGACCUCGAUGAGUGCCAGGUGAGGGGUCUGUGUCAGCACGACUGCCAGAACACAGAAGGCAGCUACCAGUGCUUGUGUCCCACCGGCUACCGCCUGUUCCCCAGUGGGAAGAAUUGUCAAGAUAUCAAUGAGUGUGUGGAGGAGGGAAUCGAGUGCGGCCCCAGCCAGAUGUGCUUCAACACCCGCGGGAGCUACCAGUGUGUGGACACCCCCUGCCCUGCCACCUACCGCAGGGGCUCGAGCCCUGGGAUGUGCUUCCGCCGCUGCGCCCUGGAGUGCGGCUCUGGAGGCCCCUUCACCCUGCAGUACAAACUCCUCACCCUGCCCUUCGGCAUCCGAGCCGACCACGACGUGGUCCGCCUCGCGGCCUUCUCGGAGGCGGGGAUCCUGCAGAACCGCACCGUCCUCACCGUGCUGGAGCCCGACCCCGGCAGUCCCUUCGCCCUGAGGGAGCCGCGGGACGGCCGGGGCGCCAUCUACACCCGCCGCCCGCUCACCGACUCGGGCGUCUUCCGGAUGAAGGUGCAGGCGAUGACCUACAGUGAGCAGCGAGUGCUCCGCUACCAGAACAUCUUCAUCAUCCUCAUCUCCGUCUCACCCUACCCCUACUGACCACCACCAAGAGGCAACACGGCCCUGGGGGCCAGGUGGGCAGGGUCACGAACCAGACACCCGUCUCCCAAGCCUCUCCCGGUCUCUUCCGUCUCCUACUUUGGCUCCGUGUUAGACCACCCACCUCCAUUCCCAGGGCCAUCCCCAGGCUCUGGAGGGCCUCGACAAAGACGCUCCCCGCUAGGGGGAAGUGGGCCUUCCCAGGAUUGGUUUAUUUGCCCCUUCUUCUUCUUCCUUUCAUGUAGUUGCUUAUGCUUUAGUCUCCUCAGGCCCACCUCCCUCCUCCACCUUCAGACACCCACGAGAUCAUCUCUCUCAUUCCCAAUCCCAAUCCCCACUGCGGUCCAGCCAGGGAGAGGGCCGCGUGAAUGGAGUGGACCUGCUCGCGCCCUCUGAGAGCUGAGUUUGCACGGACUUGGAGGGCAGUGGGUUUUGAGCUGUCUUUGAAUCCACUCGCUGCUUUGACUCGGUCCUCUACCUCCACUUUUCCCCCUCCCCUCUCACCCGUGCAGGGGGUUACCGACCCACCACAGGGUUUGAUGAGCAAGGGCGGAGCCCGAGAGGAGUGUCCCUCUUGUCAAUAGCAGACCCUGUUGCAAAAGAGCGCUAUCUCUGUGACCCAGCAAAGUGGAGAUCACAUGAUACCCUUGGGCAAACAAGACCCACCUCUGAAGCCUUGACUGUGAUCCCACCGUGAUAAGGAGAAUCUGGGAGAGGGGAGAAGCCGAACAAACACUUAUCAAAGUCUUUGCAGAAGGGAGGGAGUACCUGGAGUCUGCAUUACCAAAUUUUCCAGGGCUCAGGAGCAGACAUUGCCCCCCACACCUUUUGCCCCUAGAAAUACACCAAAUGGCCCCAGGAUCUCCUGGAUGGGGAGCGAGCUUCAGGGCCACAGCAUGAAAGAACAACCUGAGAGGGUGAGGGAGGACCAGGCAGGGCAUCCUGUGGUCUGACCUCAUGUCCUCACCCCACUUCAUUCUUCUGCAUGGUCAAUGUUCUGCCCGAGCUCUUGUGGUUUCUAUUAUAUAAUCCACUUGAUUUCCUCAUUGCUUAUUUAUUUCUGCUUCAUCCAAAUAAAGGGUUUUUUUUAAUGAGUA